AUGGCUCAGACACACAUUCACCAUGGCUCCUAUGAGAGGAUUCCUCCUAAUGCAUCACCCGGCCUCCUUUUCCUGAGAGAUUUCGUCCCUAUCCUUGACUCCCUGGAGAUUUCCCCCCCGGUGCCUCUCGCUUCGUUUCUCACGCCCGAUGCGAAAUUCAUCAUUAAUAAUGGUCCGCCGAUCCCAGCACAAGACAUUAUUACUAUGUUUGCGAUGCGUAGCGGGAAGCUUGCCAAAUUCCACCACGAUCUACAUCGAGCAUGGGAUAUCGCCAAUGACAACAGCUCGGGAAGUCGGACCGUUAUGUAUGAGUCCACGAGCAUCACUGUCUUUAAGCAAGAUCCGGAAAGUACAGACGUAAAAGUCAGGGAAUUCAAUAUCGUGGAGCUGGUACCUUCGAAGGAUGGCGGGGGUGAGUCUGACGUCUUGAAAGCAUGUGAACUGAGAACGUUCUUGGAUGGUUCGCCAGUGUCGGCGAGGUUGAAGUCGAUUCUAGAAGGAACAAACGCAGCUUGA